AUGAUACCACAUCAGCAGAUCUGGCCCUCUGCCCUCCCCUUGCCUCCGGUACCGGUUCAGCCAGAGCCUAAGUGCCUUUCUCCUCCUAUCCCUUCUGGGCUGGGCCAAGCAGGUGAGGCCCAGCAGUCCAGAACCUGGGACUGGCAGUCAAAGCCCGAGGAGUGGGCGAGGUCAGUGUUGGAUGCUCAUCUCCUGUUGGUCUCCAAAGAGAAGAAGAAGGUGGGCACAUCUGAUCAAGCAACAUCUGAUGCCCAUGACUCUAGGAACUCCCUAUUGGUCCUGGAGAAAGAAGAGCAGCCGAGGGCCUCUGAGAAGGCAGUGAUUGAUUCAGAGCAGCCCACGGUGCGGAAGGUCCUGCUAGCUGAGCUCCGAACUCUGUUCUCAGCAGUGCUGCAGGAUGGCAGCCCUGCAGCGUGGCACUAUCUGCACUCAGUGCUGGGUUUGCUGCCUCCAUAUCGCUCACUGCUCUGUGACCAGCUUGAUUUACUCCCUUUUCUGGAGCAGCUGUACCGCUGGGCACCCUGGGUCCAGUCCCAGCUUCAGCUGGACCUACUAGAUGCCAUAGAUCAGGCCUUUCCCCCAGACACAUCUUUGUUAGCGAGUGCCUCCCAUACUGACUGCCAUGCACAGAAGCAGAGGUUCCAUCAUGGGCCCCCAUACCCCACCUGCCCUUUUGUGCAGGCCCGGUGGAAUAGGCAACAGGUAGAGAAGGAGUUGGCUACAUGGCUGCGACCACUGACACUGCCUGAGCUACAGCACAGCUUGGGCAUUGUUGGUGCUGAGGUGGCCCUAGAAGAGACGCCAUGGCUAGAUGGCCUUAGCCUCCUCCCCUUGGCACUGGCGACCAACAUCCCUGUACAGUAUGAAAGCAGUGGCGCUGACAACACAGAAGAGGAACCCACCAGAAGACAUACUAGGUCUCAGAUUGACCCGGGAGUUCCUAAAGAGAAGACCUUUCAAAAGAAGCAUACUGACUUUUUGCCUAAAACUUCCCUCCUGGGUAGACGUGUGAUGAACAUUCUACAGACUGAGAAAUACUUGAAAAAGAUCCACUUCCUCUAUCUCAAUGUGGCUCCCAGCCGGUACUUCAGGCCUUACAACCUGAAGGUCGUGCCGCCAAACAAAGUGAACCCUGAGCACUACAUCUUCUCUCCCUUUGGGAUCCUGCAUAUACAUCCUGUGGAGGGGAGUGACACAAUGACACUGGGUACCUGGCACCGCCACUCUGUUCUCUGGCAACAGCUACAGUUCAUUCCAUUCUUUAAGAAUUGCCUCGUACGCAAAGCAUUGACCUGUUGGAAGAAGAAUGCGAAGUUGCAGGGGCUACAUCAGUGUCGGAUUCUUCUAGGGAAUAAUCUGCUCAUGGCCGUACCCCACUUUGGAGUGGGGCUGCUCCACAUUAGCAGGCUUCUGCAGGAGCUGCAUUCUGUGUCCUGGCUUCCCCAGGAGCCAGAUCAGACCUAUGAGCUGCGGGAGCUACAGCGGGCUCUAGCCAAGGAGAACCACAAGGCUCUACCUCUGCUCCGCCGCUGCCUCCGCCUCUGCACAGCCAUUCUUCAGUUGGUUCACGAGGACACGUACCACAUGCAGCAGGGCCUGCAGGAACGAGUGCAAAGUUGCAAGAAGAUCAGAAGAGAGAAAUGCUCCAUAUACCUUCAGCGGGUGCAGUGCCAGGAGCUGGAGCAGAGGCUGAAGCAGGCGGAGGCCUGGAUGCUGCAGCUGGGACCGCUUGCCCGCCUGGUAGACUACAUGAUUUGCCAGAGCCUUGUAUCCAUCGUGGAGGAGGAGAUAACCUCUUUUGUGACCCACAUUCUGCAAACCCCAAGGCAGAAACCCUUUCUCACAGCACAGCUGGUCUUUGACAAUCAAGGUCAGCUGUCUCAUGUGCCCUCUAUUGAAAAGAUGAUCCAAAUUCUAACUGGGGGCCUACAGUCUGUCAAGACCUCUGUCCUGCAGGUGAUGCAAACUGCAGACCUCCAGAUUUCCUGGGAUUCCCUGUAUUCCCAAGCAGAAGACGAAGAGGACGACUUGAACACAGAAUUCUUGAUGCCCAAGUUCCAGGGCCAGCCCACCAAUGCUGUGCGCAUCUUCUGUGGCCAAGACAUUGGAUUGGUGUGGCCCUGGAAGACUCUCUCAAAUGCUGGAACCCUGGAAGUCCGUGGGUACCGCCUGCGGGGCCAGUACUUGCCCUCCAGUUACAAGCAGCUGCAGGAGGACCUUGACAAUAACCCUCAAAUCCAGCAGGCAAUGACUAUGCAACAGGCGCUAAUGGAGGGCAUGCUGUUGGAGGUACAGGAAUUCUGCAAGGAAUAUCACUGGAUAACAGGCAUUUAUGAAUUCCUGCAAGCCUGGGGGCCUCAGCAACUGGAGACCAUGAGAGGCUGCCCCAUCAAGGACUACAUGACACUGGUGAGCCGCUUGAACGUUUGGCAGGCCCGUGUCUCCACUGUGCCUACUGAGUUGUGUACAAAAGGCAAGUUGCUGCUGCUGAACUGCUGUGAGGUACAGGCAGAGCUGGAAUCCAAGCUGGACAAUAUCCGGAAGGACAUUCUUACACAGGUACAGGACGAGUGCCGGAAACGCAGUCAGCAGCUAAUGACAGAGCUCAUGGAUUUCAUGCAGGUCUUCCAAACCAUCAACUCUGACAUUCAUGCCAUUUCUCAGUGCUCCCAGAAGCUGAAUGAGGCCAAUGAACAGUACACUCAACUGGAGGAUCGAGUGGAAUACAUACGGUCGCUUCAUGAGCUCAUCCGCAACCACUUUAGCCUCUUAAGUGCUGAAAAUGAGACACUGGAUAUCUCGGUGAGAGGGCAAUUCAGGGAGUCACCCAUCCCACCUAGUUCUCCCCCACAGCCACAUCUACUUGACUGCCCUCUGCUUGUCUCAUAGCUGCUGGACACGUGGGAGGCAUUUCAGUUUGAGAAAAGUCAGGCCUCAGAGUUCCUGCUCAGCAAGCGGCAUGCCAUUGUGCCCAAGCUGCAGCAGCUGAUGGUGGCAUCACUGGCCGAGCUAGAAGACAUGCUUAAGAAGGCUUUGUCAGGUCCCUUCAUGGACCCUGCACAAGAGCAGAGGAGCACUGAGCGCCAGCUCAUCUCCCUGGAGCGUCAGUUCCAGAACACAGCCAACCAACUCAGUGAACUCCACCACACCUAUGCCACCUUCACCGGAGAUAAGAGUCCUGUGCCCUUGCCGGCCUGUGGGAUCCGUCCCAUUGUGCAGCAGCAAUGCAUCUGGCACCUGUACCGAGUCAUCUCAGAAAAUAUCAGCGAGUGGAAGUGCAUGGCUUUUGCCAAGUUCAACCUGACUGUGGCCUUGGAGAAGACGGACAAAUGGCUGAUAGAGGCAGCCCGGAUGAGCACAACCCUGGGGCUGCACAGCCCAGUGCUGCACCGCUGCAUGCGCAUGCUAGAGGAGUUCCGCAGCUUCCUGCCAUUGCUCACCAAGCUGGGCAGCCUCCAGCUGCAAAGCCUCCACUGCCAAGCCCUCCUACGAACUUUAGGGCUGGGAAGUCUCAAUAAUCUGGACCUCCUAACACUGGGUCAGCUGCUCUCUUGUCCACUGCUGGAGUUUUCGGAUCGAAUCAACCAGGUAUGGCAGUGCGAAAAUGAAAGGCUCCAUGCCCAAGACACACUACAGCGACUGCAGCGGUCCUGGGAAGAACGCCAACUGCGCCUGCUUAACUUCAUCUUACGUGUGCCCUAUGAGCCCCCAGCCUCAGAGGGCUCCAAGAGGCAGAUUCUCCGCAGCCCACAGUGGGAUGUAGUCAGCAAGGAUAGUGGCACCUUCAUCCUCUCAGACUACAGCAGCCUGCAGGAUUCCAUCCAGGAGAGCCUUCAGAUGUUAUUCAAAAUCCUGGCCAUGGAAAAGUCAGGAGACUUGCACAAAAUAGCCCUGGAAUGGGUGACCAUCAUGCAUAGCCUGGGUGCCCUCCUGGAGGUGUGGGUGACUUUCCAGCAGAAGUGGAUUUUUCUGAAUAAAGUUCUGCAUGAGAUGAAGAUCCAGUUUCCUAGUUCCAACUUGAGCUCUCGUUUCAAGGCCAUGGAUGACCAGUAUCGGACCCUGAUGAGGAUCUCCGUAGCUGACCCACUGGUCCUGUCACUUAUAGUGCCCACUGCUAAGCGGAGUCCUUACUUCCAGGGUCAACAGCUGCAACAACUGCUCCAAGCAGGCUCGGAGGAGUUGGAGAGCCUCAUCAUGGCUCUGGAGAGUGUGCUUUACAGGGUACGUUCUCACUUCCCCCGCCUCUUCUUCCUUAGUGACAGUGAGCUGGUGGCCCUGCUGGCUGCCCCACUGGAGUCAUGUGAGGCCCAGAGAUGGACACAACGUUGCUUUCCUCAUGUGCAUACCGUGAGUUUCAAAUCCAACACAACUGAUGAGCAGAAGAACAUGGGUGACCGAGAGGUGAGCCCAAGCACACAUUCUCUGGUGGAAGCAAUUGCAGUGCUAGGGGCAGGUGGUGAGGAGAUGAAGUUGCAGAGUCCCCUUCCUCUGCAUCCAGAUCUCCCCAAGUGGCUAGCCUCUCUGGAGAAGUCUCUACGUGUGGCUCUGGUACACAUGCUGCAGGACUGUGUAGCCACCCACCUUACUCAGGGCCCAUCCUUAGAUGAGACCUUCAAACAGCUGCCCCAACACAGUGAGCUUGCCCUGAACCAAUCUAUCUUCCACUGGCUAGAUUUAGCCGAGACCUUCCCAUGGCAGUGUGUGCUGGUGGCAGAGGAGGUAGUGUGGCGGGCUGAGGUGGAAGAGGCUCUGCUUGAGGGGAAUACUCAAGCCAUGGUCUCUGUGCAAGUGCAUAAGCUGGAGGUACUAGUACACUUUAUGCGGGCCCCAACAGGCUCCCAGGGUGGGCAUCCCCUGCCCUCUGUCCAUCAGGCCAGCCUGCUCAGUGCCCUCUUGGUCAUGGCAGUAACCCAUCGGGAUAUAGCACAGCUGCUGCAGCAGCACAAGGUCAGUGAUCUGAGAGACUUCCAUUGGGCCCGCCAACUCAAGUACCACUUGGGUUCACCUCAAGUGACCAAAAGCCCCCUGCAGAGUCUCAGGACUACUAUUACGUCCACUGAGUCCUCUUUGCCACCAGCUCCCUGCUGGAUAGAUGUGCUGAGCCGAUCCUUCCUGUACAAUUAUGAAUACUUGGGGCCCAGGCUAGAUCCUCUACCCAUCCUGCUGCCUGAGCGGCCAGCCCUGGUGCUGUUAUUGGCCUUGAAUGAGGUGGCCUGUGGGACCCUACUGGGCCCUGAUGGUGUGGGCAAGACAACUAUGGUGAUUAACCUGGCACGGGCCUUGGGCUACCAGCUGGUGAUACUGCCCUGCUUGCCUCAGAUAGAGGCCCGAAGCCUAAGCAACUACCUGAAUGGUGCUCUACAGGGUGGUGCCUGGCUGAUGUUGAAGGCAGCUCAGCGCCUGCCCCCUGGCUUGCUCUCUGCCCUCAGCCAGCGCCUGGCUGAACUACACCUCCUCUAUGCCUCACUAUACCAGGAGGCUUCCCAAAGUACCAGCACCAUCGACCCCAUCCAUCCUCUGCAACUUGGCACUGGCUUCUUUGAAAACCAUCACGUGUCCAUGCGCUAUGGCUAUGGCUGUCUCCUGACACUACAUACCUUGAGCCCUGCUGUGCCUGCCAACUUGCGCCUGCUGUUGCGGCCUGUGGCAUUGGCAUUGCCUGACCUGUACCAUGUGGCAGAGAUGACCUUGCUGGGUGCAGGGAUGCGGGAUGCCUCUCGCAUGGCUACCCGCCUAUCCAAAUUCUUCUCCCUAGAGCGUGAGCUUGUGUCUGGGCCCCUGCCCUGCCGCCUGCCAUUGCUCAAGCAGGUACUGGAGGACACAAUAAAGAGAUUAAAUAUGACCAAGGAGGAACGCAAGUCCCAGAAUCCCCGCAGCCUAGCUGCCAUUGAAGAGGCCUCCUUACUGCAUGCUCUGCUGUGCUCACAGCUGUUCAACAUCCUUGAUGAGCGUCACCUGCACAAGCUCCGAGAGCUGCUGUGUGGGCUCUUCCCUAGUGCCACCCAAGUGCUGGCAGAGCCUAUGACUGACAGACUAAUAAAGCCACUGAUAGAGGAAGAACUACAGCAGGUAGGACUGAGUCCUAGCCCUGAAAUUUUGGGGUCCCUGGAGCAGCUGAGGCAGGCCUUGAGUCAGGCCUCAGGUAUUCUGCUCCUGGGCCCUGCAGGCAGUGGCAAGACCACUUGUUGGCACUCCUUGUUUAAGAUCCAGAACCAGCUGGCAGCCAGGGAGGAUACCUCAACCCAGGGCUACCAGCCUGUGGAAAUUACCCACCUGUAUCCUAGUGUUCUCUGCCCCAAAGAGUUCCUGGGAUGGCUAGAGGGGUCCUGCUGGCACCACGGUGUCUUCCCCAGGCUGCUUCGUGAAGCCACCCAGUGUAAGUUCAUGGGUUCAAGGGAACAGGUACCAGAAUCAGCAGGGAUCCAGCACUGGGUCAUAUGUGAUGGGGCACCCAGUGCUGCUUGGUUAGACUCCAUCACCUACCUCCUAAGUAAUCCCCCCAAGCUUAGCCUCCCCAAUGGCCAGCAGAUACUACGCCCCCCAGGCACCUUUCUCUUGAUGGAGGUAGCAGAUGCCACAGGCAUGUCCCCCACAGUGGUGGGCCGCUGUGCCCUGGUCUGGUGUGGUGGGGAGCAGACUUGGCAGUGUAUGCUUAGUGUCUUGAUGGCAGCCCUGCCCCAUGAGUACCGCCUGCAGCCCCAGACAGUCACUGAACUCAAUCAUCUGGCUGAGGUUCUGGUGCCUGCCACACUCCGAUUCCUCACCUGCCAAGGUACCAGCUCUGUGCUGCAGAUACACGGGCAACAGGCUGUCUGCCCAGGUGUGGCUGAAAUCACCAGCCUGGCCUGCAUCUUGCGUGGUCUGCUUGACCCCUACCUGCGCCUAGAUGAGGAGGAGAAGUCACGCGGCCCAGAGGACCAGAGGAGCAGUAGUGAACCUGUGACCCAGAGCUUCAAGUCCUCAAAAAGCAGCUCUCUGAACAACCGGUCCCAGACUGACAGUGAAGACGUGCAGAAUAAGCAGAGGGAGCACUUGCUGGCUGUCAGCAGCUUUCUUUUUGCCCUGAUCUGGGGAUUUGGAGCCCUCCUUCCCUCCAGGCUCUGGCCCCUCUUUGACACCUUCCUGAGGGGCUCCAUUAAUUGCCUCUCCAACUACCCUGAGCCACCACCCUCAGCCUUGCUGUUCGAUCUACACGUGUGCCCUGAAGAUGGGACACUGGUCCCCUUCACUGGCCAUUACCUGGGCAGCCACAUCAAAGGAACUCUGGGAACCUUCAGCCCUUCUCCCCAGACUGAACGGCUCUUAUAUGUGGUGGACCUGCUUCUGCAAAGAGGACAGCCAGUGCUGCUGACUGGAGAGGCAGCAUCAGGGAAGUCAGCUUUUGUGGAGGUGCUAGUGGAGCCAAAUCACCCCUACACAUACAUCUCCAUUCACCCUGCCUUCAGUUCUACCCACCUUCGCCUCCUGUUAAGCCAAGGGGUCCAGGGCCAAGCACAAACCACCCCACUGCCUGAGCAUCACCAGGAUUCUAAAGGCUCCCUCCUCUUCCUGCUGGAGGAUCUACACCUGGCGGCUUCUGAUCCAGAGAAGAGCUGCCAACCAGUGUUGGAGACUCUACGCCAAGCCAUAGAUGGCACCAUUUAUGACCAUAACACCUUGGAACUACAGACACUGCAGCCUAUAGUCAACUUCCUUGCUACUGCCACAGUGCCAGGCUUCUGUGAGCGCCCACUGUGCCCACGCCUCUUUCGACUCUUCACAGUGUUGGCCAUGGGCAGCAUGACCCAGGCAACCCUGCUGAGCAGGCACACCUCUAGCAUCCAGGCCUGGCUUGAACGCUUCCCUUCUGUGGAGCAGGGGGGGAUACUGGCAGGAUUCCUGGUUCAGGCCUCAGUGGAUGCCUGGAAAGCUGUAUGCAGCUGCUUCAUGCCUUCACCCCUUCACCCACACUACCGCUUCUCCUUGCAUUCUGUGAGCCACCUACUAGGCAGCCUACAGCUGUUGCCGACCAGAGUGGGGUCCCGAGGUUUCACAGACUGUCUCAACCACCAGGAACACUUGCGUCGGGUGUCAGGUUUGCGUGGUACCCGCCUGACCAUUAUGAUGGCCACACGCAACAUGGUGCGCCUUUGGUUGCAUGAGGCACAGAGGACAUUUUGUGACCGAUUGAACAGCCCUAGAGAACGCUCCCACUGUGCCAGGCUGCUCUUAGAAAUAGCUCAGUGUGUUUUCUGCUCAAGAUCGGAGCCCCAGAACCUGGGCAAGUGUUAUGAGGAUGAAGAGGAAGAGGAAAAGGUGCCUGAAGUGGAAUCUGAAGGGGAGUUGGCCCAGUGGGAGGAGUUAAGCAAUAGUGGCAGUGAGACAGAGGAGGAAGGGGACCCUUAUGCCCUUAAGAUGCCCACAGGUUUACACUCCAGCAAUCCAAGUCUAAUGCCACCCAUGAUACCGGUAAUCAAGGAGAGUUUGAAUUCCACAAGUCAGAAGACAAACCAGGAGGAAGACACAAGUAUCCCCAGCUUCAAGCUCCAGGUAAAAAGAUCCAAAAAUUGGUGGCAGAAGACAUCCCAGAUGGACCUAGUAACACCCCUGUUGCUACCAGUGCUACUGCUCCAUCCCCAUGAAAAGGCCUCAGACCUGAUCUUCAGUCAGGAGCUGAUACUGGGGUCCAUCUCAGAGAGCACUAACAUGUACAUGGAGCGACAGUGGGGGAGCCUGGAAAAGCAGCUGGCCACCUCAAUUGCUCAGCUGCAGCUGAGGCCCCAGCUUGGCCUGUGUCGCUCCAUGACCCAGCAUGUGGCCCGCCUGGUCCGGGUGCUGGCUAGGCCCCGGCAGCAUGGCCUACUACUUUCAAGGGCUCUGAGUACUGGGCGCCGUACUGCCAUUACUUUGGCUGCUAGUAUUUGCCAGGCCCACCUCCUCUAUCUGCCAUCUGGACCAGAGGAGGCCAUUCUCCAGUGUCUACAGGAUGCCAGCUGGCAUGCUGGCAUGUUAGGCCAGCAAGUAGCCCUGUUGGUGCCUGAGGGUGUGGAUCUUAUCACUUUUCAUCGCCUGCUGGCCUUGGCAACUUCAGGCAGUUUCCCUGACCAGUAUACAGAAGCAGAUCUGUUUAUUGUUGAGGAACAUCUCCCCAGAGAGAGCCUUGGUAUCAAACAGAACAUCAAGAAGGAAAUGGUGUUUCACAGGUUCUACCAGCAAGUGUGCAGCCACCUGCACCUGUUCUUCCUGAUCAGAGAUGACCAGGUCCACAACCAGCUGCCUUCCAGCCUGUUCCUGAGGCUCCUUCAACUUGCUGUUGCCAGCAUUGAUCACUAUGAACCUUGGGACCAACCUGACCUGGUCGCUGUGGCCCAUCACCACCUGGAGGGUGCUCAGAGUCUACCCUCUGGUGAUGGCUCUAUAAAGUGCCCAGAACUCCGGGCCUCAAUUACCAAGCUUUCCAAAGCCAUGGCUUUCAUUCACCUUUCGGCUGCCAGCUACACUGAGCACCUGUGCCCUGGACUGCCACUUGUCACCCCCAAGAACUUCCUAGACUUCCUGGAUAUCUUCCUGUUGCUGCAGCACCAGAUAGCCCUGCAGACAAGGAACAAGGCCCAGCAGGUCCAGAAUGCCCUGGAGAAUCUGAAAUUGCUGGUUGAACAGCAUAAUGCCUAUGCUAGCCUGGUCUUCAACUUGGAACAGCAGUUAAAAGGCUCCCGCAAGAGCCUCAGUGCACUUCAUAUUCAGAUGGAACAAGACAAGCUCCUGUACAAGCAGCAGCUAGCAGAAUGUCAGCAGCAGGAGAAAGUCAUUGAGAGCCUGGUCAAGCAGCGAGAUGCCCUGCAGGCUCAGCAUGAGGCUUUCCUGGAACAGAUGGGCAAAGCAUUUCUGGGGCCUCUGAGCCAGCUGCAGGCAGCUGACUUAGAGGAGCUACGGAGCUAUCGAGCACCACCGGAAUCUGUGGUCCAGGUGACCAAUGCACUGUGUGACCUGUUUCAUCGUGAACCAGGCUGGGCUAGUGCCAAGCAGCUGUUAUGCACUGAGGAUUUUUAUCAGGAGCUGGUGUUCUUCCCCAAGGAGAAGAUGACAGACUCAGAGCUGAUACAGUUAAACAUAGCACUGAAGGCUCCAGGCAUGAGUGAAGAGGCCCUGAGAGCAGUAAGCAUACCUGCAGCAAGACUGACAGUCUGGCUUUGGGCCGUUCUGCGCUAUGGCGUGGCACAGCGUCGGGGACUACCCACAGGUCUGCUGUUGCGGCAAGUGGAGGCGGCAUUAGCUCGGGAGCAGGCCUGCCUGGGCCGCUACCAGUUCCAGGCCCAUGAGACCCUGCAGCACAGUGUGAACCUGACUAAGAAGAUGAAGCAUGCCCAAGUUUCCCACACCCAUGUGAUAGAGACUCUUGUCCUGGCACAGUAUGGAAAAUAUUACAAGCUGCCCAUAAAGGCUGCACUGCUCACCCCUAUGCACUCCUGGACUACAGAACUCAAGAAGCUGAAAGGGCACUGCAUGACUGUAUUUGGAGAUGCCCUCCUAUGUUCAGCUGCCAUUGUCUACCUGGGUCCCUUUCCACCACCAAGGCGCCAGGAACUAUUGGACAAGUGGCUGGCACUGUGUAGGGGAUUUCAAGAGACCCUGGGUCCAGAUGAUAUGGCACAGGCACUAAAGCAGAAGCAGAAAUCUGUCACCAUGCCAAAGAACCCCCUACUGCCCACACGCUUUCCAUUCAGUCUUCUGUCUUUGCUGAGCUCUGAUGAUGAACAGCGCCAAUGGGAUAGCGAUCUGAAGCCCCAGGCAAAGUCUGCCCGCCUGGCUGGGGUACUUCUGCGAAGUCAAACCCACUAUUAUAGUUGCCGUUGGCCUCUGGUGCUUGACCCCAGCAACCAGGCCCUCAUCUGGUUGAACCAACAGCCUCUGGAAGAAAAUAGUUCCUUGGCCUCUGCUCCCACUAAAGGCAGAGAGAAUAGCCUUAGGAGCAAUCAAGAGAGACUAUAUAAAGAGGAGGGCACAGGAGUGGAAGAUGAUAAAAGUGAGGAGAGCAGUGAAGACCAGAAGGAAGAGGAAAAGGAAAAUGAGAGGAAAGAAGAAGAGAAGAAGAAAAAGGAGGUGAAAGAACAAGAGGAAAAAGAGAAAGAGGAGACAGAGAAUGAGAGGGAGAAUAAGCCAGCCUCUGCCACUCAGUCUCCGCCUCCUUCCCACCUUAGAGUGCUCUCAGGUGCUGACCCAGAGCUGGGUCCUCAGCUCCAGCAGGCAGCCGCCAGUGGCGUCUCCGUGCUUCUGACCAAUGUGGAGCUAGGCCUAGAAUGCCAAGAACUCCAAUGGCUGCUACAGCGGGCGCAGCUGAGCCCACCCCAGGUGCAGCCUGGUUUCUGUCUCUAUCUGAGCACCACUCUCCCCUUGAGCACCCUGGGAAAAGUGCUAGGGUGUGACUUGCUGAAGGGGCUGAACGUGCUGGAUCUGGACCUGAACAUAGACUUACUAGAAGAACAGAUGCUGCAUGAAGUCCUGUGCAUAGAGCGUCCUGAGCUUGACACCCACUGGCAGGAACUGAAGAACAGAAUCUGGGAUGUUUGCAAAGCUGUGGAGGCUGCUGAGGAGAAGCUGCUGGAGAUGCUGCUGUGCCAGAACUUACAGCCUCAGAGACCAGCCAAGUUCCUGUGUGACAUAGUGAGGGCCCAGGCUCAGAUAUGUCAGCUACGUGCCGAGAAUGAGGAGCUAGAAGAGCUGAGGCUGCAGGACAUGGUGUUGUGGGCACCCUACCGGCAGGUGGUCCGGCAUGCAGUGACCAUGGUACAGGCCCUAGCUCCACUGCAGAACUUGCUGCCACUUUUCCGUCUGAGCCAAGAGACCUGCUUGGCAGCCACUAAGCAGGCUUUGAACGACAUAAAGAAGUGUGAGACUCAGCCAGGUGAGGACAUGACCAGCCAUCUGCUGCAGAUGAGAACACAGCUGACCCGCCAGCUGCUAGACAGCACUGUGGCUGCACUGGGCUUGACCCAAGUGCCCUUGGUGGGUGCCUUGGGUGCUUUGGCUCUGCUGCAAGCAGCAAGAAAGGCACCAGAACUGGAGAGGCUGGCACUCUGGCCUGGACUGGCAGCUUCUCCCAGCACAAGCCACAGCCAGCCUAGCCCAGGUGUGGCUCGACCAGCCUGGCUAGGGCUGAGAGCCUGGCAAGAAUGUGGGAUGUUAGAGCUGCUGCCCCCAUUUGCUGGCCUGCGUGCAUCCCUGGCAAGCCACUCCAAAAUUUGGCAGGCUUACUUGUCACUGUCAUCCACAGUGCUGGGUCCUGCACCUGGGCCUGGGCCUGAUCCCCUCAGCCUCCUCCAGAAGCUGAUUCUGUGGCGUGUGCUACAACCCAAGUGCCUGGUAGGUGCCCUGGCGGACUUCACCACCAGCCUCCUGGGCCGGCCCCUGGAUGAAACAGUUGGUGCCCCCACCAUGCCCUUGGAGCACAGUCAGGCUACUCAACCUAUGUUGAUCUUGUUGCCACCUCCUGGCCACCCCACAGCUACCCUGCAUCCUCUGAAUGUCAUCCAGAGACUAGCUGCCAAGCACGAGCAGGGGCAGAAACAUCUGCAGGUGAUAGCCCUGGGCUGUGAAGCCUGGGACCCAGUCCCAGCUGUGGUUAGCACUCUAUGCCAGGCUAUGCACAAGGGGCACUGGCUGGUGCUGGAUAACUGUCAUCUGAUGCCCCACUGGCCGAAAGAGCUACUACAGCCCUUGCUUGGUCUUUUUAAUGGAGCUAAGGUGGUCUCAGACUCGGAGAUGGAACUGCUGUUAGCUCAGCCUGCAAGCAGGAAUGUGACCAUUGUCCACAGGGAUUUCCGUGUUUGGCUUAUUCUGUCUGCAGAGGGUAUUGCUUCUAUGCCAGUUGUGCUGGCUCAGCAUUCCAUGCCUGUUUUCUGGGACCAAUCCCUGGAGCUGGGCCACGUCUUGAUCAACAGCAUGGAGCUAGCCCAGCAGGAGUGCUGCAUGCCACCCACAACCCAGGCCCUGCCUCUGCUCCUCCUCCAUGGCCUCCUGCUUCACCGGCAGCUCUAUGGACUGAGGGUGCAGGCACACAGGGGGUGUUGGAGUCAAGGCACCCUGAUUCAGGCCCUUCAGAUCCAGGGCCAGCUGUGGGCCAGCCUCAGCAAUCCCAGUGUUGCCAUGCAGGAGCUGGCUGCUUCAGUUUUCUAUGGGGGUCCUGUGGGAGACAUUAAGGACAGGGAGACUCUGAUUAGCCUCACUGAAGCCUGCCUGAGCCCCAGCGGUGGGAGCUGGGCUUACCCACAAACACCUCAGCAUCUACUGGCCACUCUGAUGCCUAGCCCAGAGUUAGAAGAGCUGGAUGCUAUGGCAGAGUGUAAGGCCCAGAUGCACCUACUGCCUACACCACCUGAACCCCGGAUCUGUGGACUAAGUGCGGGUCCCCAAGCCUGGCUGUUGCGACGCCAAAGUCGUGCUCUCUUGAGUGCUCUGCAGCGGAGUUCACCCACUUGGGUUCCUGAGGUUCGCAGAGGUGCCCAGCGCGCAGAACGACGGCUGCGGCAACGCCUAGUGCAGGUCGCACGGAGACUGGAGUCACUGCAGGCUCUCCUGACUGGAAGCAUUCACCAAGGCGAGCCUGGCACCCUGGGGGCAGUGCUGGGGCCCGAUGCGCCGCGGCCCCUGCAGGGCUUCCUAGAGACAGAGGCUCUGGAGCUGAGCGAGCUAGUGGGCACACUGCAAAGUGACCUUGACUGCCUGUCGCAGCAGCUGAAGGGCAAGCCUCCCUGUGCCUCUCCGCGCUGUACUGCGGUGGCCCACGCUCUCUGGACUGGCCGCCUACCCCCACCUUGGCGACUCCAUGCGCCGGCAGGCCCGCAACCGCCCUGGCACUGGCUGCGACAGCUUUCGCGCCGUGGCCAACUGUUGACCCGCUACCUGGGUGUUAGCGCGGGCACUGAAGUACCAGAGCGCGUCUUCCACCUGUCAGCCUUCGGCCACCCGCGCCGCCUGCUACUGGCAUUGCGUUGGGAGGCUGCCCUGCAUUCAACCAGCCCUUGUUUCCCUGGCAGCCAAGGUUACAACUUCAGUCACUGCCUCCAUAAACGUCUGGAGCUGAACAGCAACCCUCUGCAUCUCAGGGUGGAGAAUGGCCCAAGUCCCACCGUGCCGGAGAUGGGGCUGCUGCUGAUUGGGCUACAGCUCCUGAACGCCGAGUGGGACCCCAUAGCUGGGGCCUUGCAGGAUAGUCCUUCCAGCCAGCCCAGCCCUCUGCCUCCGGUCAGCGUCAGUGCACAGGCCUGGCGCACCAAUGAGCUGCCCCCUACAGGUGGCCUGGCUGUGUACUCCUGCCCCGUGUACAUGGAAGGACCCCUCGGCAUCACUCGGCUGCACAGCAGGAACAUCCUGAUGCACCUGCCCCUGCCCACGAAGCUCAGCCCUGCCAUCUGUACCCAGCGGAGGGUUUAUGCAUGCAGCCCACCCCUUACCUGA